UGCUGGACACUCUCACAAUCGUUGAACAAAAUCAAAGCUUUCAAGAAUGGACUCAAGACCCUUGCCACAAGGAUGGAUAGCUCAAUACGAUCCAAACACCCAGUCAUAUUAUUAUAUACAAGAACUGGCGUUUCUCAAUGGCAUCAUCCAGCCGGGCCACCACCUCCGCCAGGUCCUCCAGGACCAUAUACCGGCGGAUAUAAUAAUAACCUACCGCCUCCAUAUCCCGGAGCUGCUCAGUCAUAUCCCUCAAGUUCGUAUCCAGGCGAAGCUGCUUCUUAUUCACCUUCGCCAUCUACUGCUCCUCAAAAUUCAGAUGAAAAGCCCUCAUCGCAAACCACAACCGAUAAGAAACUCGGUAGUGACAAAAAAAAUAUGCUUGGGGCGGCUGCUUUAGGUUUGGGAGGUGGAGGGGCUUUGG